GCUGCGCUUUGGUAACCUAACAGGGAGGUGUUAACUACUUUUGCUUCCCCAAAGCGCCUCCCGUUAUCUCCGGUGCUGCUGCGCAAGAGCCAGAAGGGCCACUGCUACUGAUAUUCCCACUCCGCAGAAAAGUUUUCGGUUUGUUGUGAGGAUAAAAAAAACAGAAGAAGCCGGAAACCGAGGAGUCGUCUGUACAAGAAGCGGAUUGUUCCACGCCGAGGGAGUUUCUCCUUUGAUGUUGGCUGGUAGUCAACGCAGCUUUGAAGCUCGUCUAGAGCGGGUCGGGCUGAUACUUGAUACUGUUUUGGAGACCACAUGAAGAUGAGGAACCAGCUUUGAUGUCCACCCUCCCAGGACCCUUUGGCUUCUGCACCAUCUCCAACAAACUCUCCAAAAGGGAGGCUUUUACUGCUUUUUCCCAGGAGGACAAACUUAAUCUUGAAAAUUUAUUGUAUUUAUUAAAAGGAACUGGUCCAAACUGUGAAGUCUAUAAAGGACUGAACAAACCCAGCAGCACUUACCUGGCAUGGAAUAAUCUGGACUGAAUAGAGUUCCAGUGAAUUUGACUGGAGACAGAUUAACCCUCUUUAGUUCAACUGAAGAGAAAUGAACUGAGCUAACCUGAACUGACAUUGGCGGACAUUCCUCAGUUUCUUCAAGAAUACUCGUUUCCUACGAAUGGCUCUUUUCUGAGCCUCUUCCUCCAAAAUCUCAAUUCCCUUAUCUGACUCUCCAAGCCAGAUUCUGUCACCCCUGCAGACCCUUUCCAAGGGUCUUGGACAUUGUCUCCAAUCUCACUGAGGAGGAAUCAUCUCCUCCUCUUCCUCCUAAAAUCUUUACGACUUCUUUCUUCCGUCCAGACAUGGACCUCCACAGGGCAGCCUUCAAAAUGGAGAGCUCCUCCUACCUGCCCAAUCCCCUGGCCUCCCCAGCCCUAAUGGUCCUGGCAUCCACCGCUGAAGCUUCUCGCGAUGCCUCUAUUCCCUGCCAGCAGCCACGUCCAUUUGGUGUCCCGGUUUCUGUUGAGAAAGACGUCCAUUUGCCAUUUAACAAUGGUUCUUACACUUUUGCAUCAAUGUACCACCGCCAAGGUGCAGUCCCACCAGGAUUCCCCAACAGGGACUUCCCACCGUCCCUUCUCCACCUCCAUCAUCAGUUUGCCCCACCUAACCUGGACUGCUCGCCAAUCAGCAUGUUGAAUCACAGUGGCGUUGGCGCCUUCAGACCUUUUGCCUCACCUCCGGAAGAUCGGGAUGGGGCACCAGGUGGAUAUCAGUCUGCUUUCACCCCAGCCAAGCGCCUCAAAGGCUGCCUGGAUGCAGAAGCUUCACCCCACCUGCGGUACUCUGAUGCAGAGGGGAAAGAGUAUGACUUUGGUGGUGCUCAGAUUCCUCCUGGAGGCUCACCCAGCAGCGCCCUGAAGGCAGUGGAGGACAGUGGGAAAAAGAUCUUCGCGGUGUCAGGCCUCCUGUCUGAUCGAGAGACUUCCUCCAGCCCUGAGGACCGCAUUGAGCGCUGUAAAAAGAAGAUGUCCCUGUACGACAGCCAGGCUCCAGUCUGUCCCAUCUGCCAGGUGCUGCUCAGGCCCGGAGAGCUACAGGAGCACAUGGAGACAGAGAUAGAGAGGCUAGCCUCCAUAUGCCUCAGUAAGAACCCAUCACCCAAGGAUGGAGCAGCCACUCCAGGAACCCCGAAGUCAAUGCUGUUGUCGGUGCACAUCAAGCGUGAGGGAGAAUCACCCGUGGUCUCGCCUCUGUCCUCUGAGGACGCCCACCACUCCGACAGAUACCAGACAUUUUUACGAGUUCGGGCAAACAGGCAAACAAGAUUGAAUGCCCGUAUAGGGAAGAUGAAGAGGAGGAAGCCUGAGGAGGGGGGCCAGGUAUGUCCGCUGUGCAGCACUCCAUUGGCUGGGAGCGAGGAGGAGAUGAGUAGACAUGUGGAACAAUGCCUGAUCCAGCGGGAGGGUGCGUUAGGCGACGAUGACUCUGCUGACAUGGAUGGAGAGAAUGGGCGGGGCUUCGAGGAGUACGAGUGGGCGGGGCAGAAGAGGAUCAGAGCUACAGCUUUGCUGGAGGGAGGCUUCAGAGGAACAGGUUUUGCCACGUGUAACAUCAAGGAAAGCGCAGCGGACAGCGACGCCGACCUGGAUGUGGACGGAGACGACACCUUGGAGUACGGCAAAGCCCAGUACACCGAGGCCGAUAUCAUCCCCUGCUCUGGAGCUGGAGAGGACCAAGGAGAGGCCAGAGAGAGGGAGGCGCUACGGGGAGCCGUGCUCAACGGUGGGAUGCCUUCUAACAGAAUAACGCCUGAGUUCUCCAAAUGGGCCAGUGAUGAGAUGCCUUCAACAAGCAAUGGAGAGAGCAGCAAGACAGACCCCAGCACUCCUUCAUCAUCAUCCUCUUCCUCCUGCGCCCCGCGCACCUGUAAAAACAGCGAGAUCGAAAAGGUAACAGAGGAGGAGUCCACAGCUACCACUAUGGAGGCCCUGAAGGCUCGAAUCAGAGAGCUGGAGAAGCAGAUACUGAGAGGAGACCGAUACAAGUGUCUCAUCUGCAUGAGGAAGCCUGCUAUCCAGUCAGGCGCGGAUUUCAAGAGCCUAGGGGUGUGGCCAGGGCCCCGGCCACUGGCCAGUGAGGUCGGAGAGAGGCAGCCUAAGUCCCUCCCCCUCGGCCUGUACUGCCUGUACAGGGGCCUUGUGAUUGGUGGCUACGGCAGCGGCAUAAAGAGGCUCCUCCCACAGCCCCUACGGAGGGACUCCUACACAAUGCCGCUCACCUCCAUCCAGUGCUGGCAUGUCCAUUGUGAAGAAUGCUGGCUCAGGACUCUGGGGAACAAGAAGCUGUGCCCACAGUGCAACACCAUCACCUCACCCGGAGACCUGAGGCGUGUCUACUUGUAAAGAGCACACCCCCCCCCCUCCCCCUCACUGCCUCUUCGUCCCUCUAAUCCAUUCCUCCUUCCAUCUUGGAUUACAUCAUCCUCCACGUCGAUCUGCAUUUGUUUUCUCUCUCUUUCUCUCUCUCUCUCUCUCUCUCUCUCGUGGACUGGAUCAUCGCUCAAAAACCCUGUGGGAGCGUAAGACGGCUGUCUUUGAGACUCGGCUGAAUCUUUGAGGAGGUCAAAACUGGUUUGAAUGAAUGACUGAGCAGCACUAACUGACUCUCUGGUUGCCUGGCUAUCCAUAAUAAAAAAUGAAAACACAGAGACCUGCAAUCUCACAGAGGCUCGUUUCCUCUGCCUCACUGGCAUGACUCCCUCUACAUGUAACGCGGGACAUUGUUCACUGAAUGACUUUUAAGUCAGUGGAGACGCCCAGCACCCAGCUACGCCCUGCUGAGACAUGGCAGCUUCAUGCUGCUGGAGCUGGACCUGAAAGGAACUUCAUAAUACAGAAUAUAAAGACUUCUUUUUUCCCCUCUAGCUCUUCUUUGACAUUUCAGUGGUGCUGGACAACAGGCUCUACCCUGAAGACUUGACAGAAAGCUUCAGUUUGUUUUUUCGUUUCCUAUUCCAGAAAGAAAACUCUAUCUUCAUGCCCCUGUUGCUUGAGAGAAUUAAAAAAGGGCCACUAAAACUGAGCUUUGAACCAAACUGAGAAUAACCUCACAACCUGGAAAAGGAGUUUGCCACUCCUUCUCCUCUUCCACCUCCUCUUCUUCUUCUUCUUCUUCUUCUACUCGCGGGCCCUUCCCUCUCCUCUUCCCUCUUUUGUGGUGUUCUAGUGAAGUAAACCAAAAUUUCCCCCCCCCCCUCCAAGAUGCAGUGCAAGCACAUGUAAUAUAGUUCUAUGUAUGUUUACAGUGUUGGGUGUAAAUGACAUAGAGUUCACACACAUGUUCACACACACAUACACACACGCAGGCACACACACACAUACUACCAUCAGACACACAGACGUAUAUAAUAUCAAAGUCCUGUUUUUAGUUGGAAGGGUUUGGGAAUCACAUUUGGGGGAAAAAAUGGCUGGAAUUAAAAAAGCCUUCUGUAUUUUUAAAAAAAAAGAUCAUUUGAAGAGCCGUUAAAGUUUUAUUUCAUUGUACAGGAAUAAAAAAUUUAAGUAAUAAUAAACUACUCAAGACUAGAUGGUCAAGAUUUAGAUGGUGUAAUUUUUCUGCAGAGUACUGGAGAGAUUCCUAUUGCCCAAAAUUUCCUGCAAACAAGCAGAAUGAUGGAUCUACUCUUUAGUUGCAACAAAUGUCCAACUGAGCCUCUUUUUUUUUUAAACCUCCAUUUCUACUGCCUCUCAGUUGGGGUAACAACAUGCUCAGAUCAUAGUCUAGACACGUUUAGUUCUACCCGUACACGUCUCAAAAAAGAAGCUUUUUCCAUUGUUCUCAUACUGCUAUGCUGCAAAAAGGUCCCAAAAUGGCAACCCUUAAGGGCAGGUUCUUUCUAAGUUAUAACAGAUUAGGGAAGUCUGUGGAAAAGAAGGAUGGUCAAGGCUGAACUGGCAACCUCAACAUUUCUUGCCCUCCUCCUCCCUUCCCUCUUCGGCAGCAGCAGCCAAGGUGGUGGUGUGCUUUGUGUUUGUAAAACUAUGUAUUCUGUGACGUCUGUAUUGUUGUAAGAAAUGCUGAAAAAAACAAGAAAAAAUAAAACUUCUCAAAUACCAUGAGUGGUCCUGUUGACACAAACCUGGGUGGUAAAUUAAGACAUAGUGAAGAAAAAUGUUGCUGUGUUCACUGAAAAAAAAGGUGAGGAAGAUGGCCUUAAUGCAAAAGACACACUUAUUCUGUUUAUGUGCAUUUUUAAUAGACUGUGUGUCAUCUCGGUGUCAGUGUUCGCUCUCUCUCAUUGGACUUUUUUGCAUCUGAAGUUGAUCAUCUCCAUCCAAUGUGAAAUAAUGUAAAAGGCCCACAGUUUAAAACAUUCAUCAUUUGUUUUCAGAAAGAAAUAAAUGGGGUCUGGGAUCCUUCUUUAUAGCAAGACGAAUAAUCCUGGGGCGAGAAAAGCAUGAGUCCAUCUCUACUGAUGAAUCUUUACAUUCUUUUAGCUCUGUUACCUUUGGUUUUAGCUCCUCAUGUAGUCACACAUCCUGGUAGGUAAAUGCUGAAUAGGAAAAAGGAUGUGAUGCUGCUCUGUUAAGUUCACGUUGUGAUUCCUCUGAUCUUCCGUUGAUUCGAACCUGCCCCAAAGAUGACAAAUUGCACAAGAGGAUUGUGUCAGAACUAAUUUGUGUCUUGUAUAUUCUUGGAAAUGGUACAUGUCUUUCCCGUUUGUAAACUACAUUUGACAUUAAUUAAAUGAUUGUAAAUCUCA